AACAAUGAUUACUCCUUGUUGCCAUGACGUCACGGAUUAACAGGAAAAGAGCAAGCAUUGGAGCAAGCAAACUGUACAGUCUUGUUUAUACGCGGCUUUAGGGCUCAAAAACUCUCAUAAUCUUGCGAUUUAAGGGCGUUAAAGGGGAAUAAAAAAGAGACAGAAAGAAGAGCGAUGUUGUAUGUAGCAAAUAACGGCGAAACAUGCAGGGAUCAGCUAUGUCAGCACCCAGAAUGCUGGCAAAGCAAUGUGCGCCGUGUUCGCGAGGCUGUCAGGAAGAGAAAUAAUAUCCUACAAGAGGACGAUGUAAGCAAUCCGAGCAGCGAAAGGUUUGAUGAUAUGAGACAGCAUUUGAAAGAUAACCAGAGUUACUCAUUGCCUACAUUAAAGAUUAUUGACAUGUCAAAAGACUUGAUUACCCCAAACAACAGCGGCAAUCAAGGCCAAAUUUUCGGUAAUCAAGCUGAGCAGGAGAAACAACAUAUGCUUAACUGUGCAGUGCAUCAAUUAACAAGUAAAAAACCAAUGACUGCAUGGAAAGCUGAACAUAAAGAAUCGUCAGUCAGCAUACAACCAGCUUGUCAGUCGUCACUUAGAGCCCAGGCCCCUCACACGACACCUAUUUCACCAAGUCUCCCAGAAAAACAUAUUUCAACCGAUUGGAAGGAAAUUCUCAAUGACAAUAUGGACCUUGCUGACAACCCUACAGAUGAAACAAUGGCUAAAAUAAAUUUUCAUGAAAUCUAUGAUUACAAUGAAGUGUGUCAAGGGUGGCAGGACAUGUUUAUCUCAACAGCUUAUCUUGUUUGGUGUCCAGCCAAAAGGAAGAGACGAAAGAAAGUCACUAGAGCGAGCUCUGCUGUAUCUGAAAAAAGGAAAGGGUUCAAAAAUCCUAUUGAAGAUAUGCUGCCUUUACCCACUGAGGAUAGAAAAAAGAAACCUCAGACGUCAUCAAAGGUCCCCACUGGCGGCCAGCCCUACUCACCAUGUAGAUCACCUGUGAGUAGAAUGUAUAAUGUUAAGCCUGUGGACUACAUGUCUGAAGGCGAAUAUAUCAUGACUUUGACCAAGGAAGACAUACCAAAAUCAUUAAUAGCAACGAAAAAGAUCAUUGAACAGAAGCAAAACACCGCCAGAAAGGAAAAAGAUGUGGAUUUUGGGUUAAAGAAAUCGGGCAGUACAAAAGUUCUUGUUGAUAUUUCUGCGACAUUGGCAACACCUGGCGAAGACAAAAACACUAAAGUUGAGGAGAAAAACACUGUUGAAUUAUUCCAACGGCCUAAAGACAAACGACAGAAGAAGCGAACAGGUCGUAUCGUGGUGGAACCAACAUCAGAUUUGGAGUACCGGAAAAUGUUACCCCUACCGUCAAUCGCAAUUCCCUGGGGUUUAAUCCCCGAGAAGCAACGGGACCAUUGUAGGAAUUCAAUACCUCAUUGCGUUGACCUUGACGUCAUGAUGGAACCCGUUCUGUAUCUGCCGAAGACUGCCAGUGAGAGUCGAACAAGAGUGUGCGCAGAUAUGAGCAAGAAAGAAGCUUGGAGGGAAACGACUGGGCCAAGUUGGGAAGCAGAAGAAAGAAACCAUCUCACUUCAGCUUACAGAGUCUCACCUAAGAAGAUUGACACUCCAGCCCCUACCCCAGCGACUCCGGGAUCUCGUGAUAUUCGACGACAUCGUUCCGGCCGACGACUGCCGUAUACGAAGGACUCGUUGUCCAAUACGAGGUUGCGAGAGGUUUAUGAAACAGAGAAAAAUACAAAGGUUCCAUUGGUCAGGAGUUCGGGUAUUCAAAUUGAGCAAUCGCUUCAAGAAGUAGCAGAAAUCAACGAAGGGACUAUUAUGAACAUUGGGAACGAGUUUUCGAAAAUGUCUUUCGGUCAAAACCAAACUAACAGCACCCAAAGUAAUAUCGAAGUCCAAAGUCCCGGUUUAGAUAAAGUAUCUGACCGAGAAUCCGGGAUGUCAGACCGAGCCGUCAGUCCAAGCAGUCGAACGAAUAUACCCUCGGAUAUUUGGGCCGAGCUACGAAGUGGAGGAGCUUUCGACCACCGGCGAAUAACGUCCCGGAGUAAUUUAGAUGUACGGAAUUCCGAUCGGCCUAGGAGCUUGUUACGUGGUUACCAUAGCUCGUUAGGUCUUUCAAUCUAUUCUUACACCGGAGAAUCUAGCUGGAAGCCUCAUCCACCUAGACUACCAAAAUCCUUCACAUACAUGGGCGUCUACAAACCCACUAUCUUACCAAAGAUGCCAGCUUCUCUCACAGUUGUCCCAGUCCCCAGCGUCACGCGUCCAGGUCAUGUGACUGAGACACCGCGCAAGAUGAACGUCGAACUUGGUAAGAUCUGUAGCAUCCGCAUUCCACCAGUACCGACACCCUCACCUGUUCCAAAUAUAGACAUUGUCACAGCCACCGCUAGUAAUGCUGAUGGUGCCAGUAGUAGCACGGAAACUUUGAUAACAGUAGAAAAUAAGAGUUUGGAAAGCUUGAACCAAAAGCAAGGGUCCGUUGAUCAAGUGUGUAUUAGGGAACAGAUCUUAGAAGAGAAAGAGUAUAUUAUCUCUCGCGAGAUUAUCAGUGAGACUGAGGAAGAAAUACCGCUGGACAGCAUGCCAAAUAAAGAUAGCACUGCGCUUACUGUGGCUGAGGAAACAUUGCAGGACAUGGUUAAUAGCGACAAAUACACGAUCGAAGAUACAUUGCGUCUUUUAGACUCGCUUGCAGGUGAAACAGAAGAGUUUAUGAACACGCUACCAAAUGCCGUAUCUACUAAGUCUGUGACGUCGACAAAAGAUGAAGCGACGGAUGUUGUCAUGGAGGAAAAACAAUCGAAGUUAUCGAGUGAUGACAUCACAUGCACAAAUUACGAAAUCACAUGCACAAAAGACGAAAUCACGUGCACAAAAGACGAGGCCGUGGGCACUGAAGCCCAAAUGUUGGACUCAACCAAUGGAGCUUCAGGGUCAAAAAGGGAAAUCAAUCAUUGCGCAGAAGACAAAAGGAAGAGCUCAAAAGACAAAACUUCAUUGGAAAUAGUAGAAACCCGGCACUCCAAAGACGAUACAGCGCAUCAUAGUGAAGCGACGUGCACAGAAGACGUAACUGUGUCCCCGCUUGAGGACAAUACUUGUCGAAAAAGUGAAGAAAAUGUAAUAACGCCAAAUACAGUUGUGACUGUUGAAAUGUGUCAAAAUGAUGAAAUCAACGAAGAACGGUCAGAGAAGAGUCCAAUUAUGGAAGCUCAAGAGCAUCCAAAGUCUUCAGAAAACCUCAGUGCGGUGAGUGCACAGAGAUCUGUGCAUAAGUCUGGUUCAAUCAGAGAAAUACAAGGUUCUCAUAGGAGUUUGUUAUUUCCUGGUGACGAUGUGAGAUCUAUUCUUGAUACGAGCGAUAUCCCUAAAGUUCCGAGUAAUUUUGAACUUAUGCCAUUUAAUGUUGAGUCAGAUCUGCUGUCGCCAAUUAAGAUUGAUUCGGAUCUUCUACUGUUCACUGAUGAUGAUGAUUUGAUGAAUUUGGAAGAUAAGGAUAGUUCUUCUGAAGGAUUAUCAUGAAUAAAGUCGAUGUUUAAAUGUAGUGUAUAUUUAUAAAUAAACGAAUUAUAAUAAGAUUAGAGUUGCCGUUUUAUAAUCUCCCUAUAUUUGUAGCCCAUUU